AUGGACCGUUCCAACAAACCCGCCGCCAUCGGUGUCGGCGCAUCCUUGCCCCAGCCCAGCGUCUCAGUCAGCGACAACACCGUCAUCGCAUCCCUCCCCACCGGCGAAUCCGUCACGGUCUACCUCUACGGCGCAACCGUCACAUCCUGGAAGCUGGCCAACGGGAAGGAGCAGCUUUUCGUGAGCGAGAAAGCCCACUUGGACGGAUCUAAGCCCAUCCGCGGUGGCAUUCCCGUCGUCUUCCCGGUCUUCGGCCCUCCCCCUCCCAACCACGCCACCUCGUCCCUCCCUCAACACGGCUUCGCACGGAACUCGAACUGGGAAUUUCUCGGAAAGUCGUCCGAGUCGCUGGGCACGGACCGCGACGAUGCCGUGAAAUUGGAUUUCGGCCUUUCGCGGCCCAUGCUGAGCUCCGAGUUCCAGAACGCAUGGGCUUAUGACUUCGGGCUCGUGUACAGCGUAACCCUGACGAAGGAGGGGCUGGAGACGUCCCUGCAGGUGCAGAACAAGGGUAGCCAGAACUUCGACUUCCAGGUGUUGUUGCAUACGUAUUUUGCUGUGGAGGACAUCUCUCAAAUCCGCGUCCAAGGCCUCGAAUCCAAAACCUACGUCGACAAGACCCAGAACGCAUCCGUGCACACCGAAUCCUCGCCCGCCGUCGCCAUCACGCAGGAAACCGACCGUGUCUACCAAUCCCUCGAUCCGCAGGUCCCCAUCGUCGUGUCGUCCGCAGCCGACAACAAGCCCCUGUACUCGAUCGCCCGGGAAGGGCUCAACGACGUGGUGGUUUGGAACCCCUGGAUCGAGAAGGCCAAGGGGAUGGCGGAUUUCGGACCCGACGAGGCAUACAAGAACAUGAUCUGCGUCGAGGCCGGGUCGGUGGCUGGGUGGCAGACUUUGGAGGCGGGUGAUUCUUGGGUUGGUGGACAGACGAUUCGGCCGCGGUUGUAA